CAAGAGUCAUUUUAUUAAGGGAACAUUAAUACAUAAUCAAAUGCACCUCAUAACAUUUUUAUUGAUGCACAUAAAAUACUAUGACUCGCUUUUCAAUACGUACCGAAAAUAUACACAAAUAUUACUUCCUGUGUCAAUCAUACAACACCUUACAGCCAGUAUAAAACUUACAACAACUGAAUUGCAGAUCUUAACACUAAAGCAGCGAGGAGCGUUUAUAAAAUAUGAGAAUCUGUGAGGCUGCUGUGGUUCGUUGUUUUACAGCAUGUUAUUACAUUUAUUUUACGAGGACUUGCAACUCGGAACUCUAUAAAAACUUUACAAGGCUAGAGUAUGACAUAUCUUAUGACGAUAUUUUGCAAGAUUUUACGCUGCUGGAAUCGUCUGCUUAGCUAUCAGUGGCGAGGGCUGGGCACUGAAAUAAAUGGAUGCAUUAAUAUGAACUUGUUAAAAAAAUCAAAUAAAAUAAAUACAGGUUGAAUGCAGAAUACCAAUACAGCUAAGUUAAGAUGAAAAUUAUUUCUUAUCUUAUUUUUUAGUAGUACAAAUCAAGCAUACCGUUAUCAGCGGACUGAUUUACUCUCUGUAUUAGUAAAUAUGAUCACGUGAUUCAUGUAACCAAUCACUGGAGAUGAAGGCAGCAAAAAUACUAUGAUUGUUCAGAGGCAAGGUCUCGGAAACAGAGUAACGUUUUAUAUGCGUUCGAAGGGAUCCAAAAAUGUCGGGUAGUUCAGCUCUCAGUAGCUAUUAUGUGGACUCUAUUAUGGGGCACGACACGGAGGAUGUGUACGGAGCGCGUUAUGUCCAGGGCUCACACACAGUGAGGCCGUCAGGUGUGGCGGAAAAUGCGGACUUCUCCUCGUGCAGCUUCGCUCCAAAGUCAGCCGUGUUCCCUGCGUCCUGGACCUCGGUUCACCAACCAUCUACUGCUGCUGUGUCCGGACUUUACCAUCCGUACGUCCACCAGAGCCAUCUUUCGGACAACAGAUACGUGCGCUCCUGGAUAGAGCCAGUCUCAAGCCAUAUCUCUCUAUCGGGGCUCCACUCCAGCAGUCGGCACAGCGGCACAAAGACUCAAAGUUUACCGUCGAAAAGGACUGAAUGCGCGGCGUUUGAAACUGAGACACCCGUGGUUCCCGAGUUCAGCUGCAGCGCUGUGUCCGAGAGCGUAGACCAAGCGACUGAAGAAACGGUUACAAAUGAUAUUUCGAGUCACGGUGAACCUAAAGACGAAAAACAACAACUUGACCCAAGCAACCCGGCAGCAAACUGGAUCCAUGCGAGGUCAACAAGAAAGAAACGUUGCCCUUACACAAAAUAUCAGACUCUGGAAUUAGAGAAGGAGUUCCUGUAUAACAUGUAUUUAACGAGGGAUCGUCGUUAUGAAGUUGCACGAAUCCUGAAUUUAACCGAGCGGCAGGUUAAAAUCUGGUUUCAGAACAGAAGAAUGAAAAUGAAGAAGAUGAACCGAGAGAGAAGCAGCAAAGAUCCUUAGUGAACAGUGUGCUUCGGGCUCAGCUCAAAAGCUAAUGCGCGCUCCUGUAAUAUGCUAGGUUUAGGAUAGAUUUUUUUUUAAAUUUAAAAUUUUAAUUUACUUGUUCAAAUGUCAUCUUCUGUUUGUUGGUGUAUAGUUAUUAUUUGAAUUACUCGAAAUAAAUGGAUAUUCCACAAUAAACUGGGUUAUAUUUGGCAUAAAACGCCUAACAUCUGUUUCCCAGCACCAUGGUGGAGUACUGCAUUCAGGGUCGGAGAAUUCAGUUUCGUUAAAUUCUGAAGUUACUUAUCCUAACUCAUAAAAUUCCUACCACAAAAAAUAAAUAUAUUAAUUCAUUAAAAUAUAUAUAAUUUUUUUUUAAUAAAAUAAAAAUAAAUGUCUUAAUGUUCAGUUCUUAAUGUGCUGUUCAUUCAAUCUGUUAAUGCAUGCUAAACCCGCUAUUCAUCUUCAUGCAGCCACAUUUAAUAAUUUGUUGUGCUUGUAAUUUCUUUUCUUUUUUAAAUUGGACAUUAGUACAAUCUCAUAUCUUUAAUAUUUCUUUUCUAGUGUAUUUCUAGUUUGAGCUCUUUCUGUUGUGGUAGAUGCAUCAAUAUGGUCUAGAUUAUAUAAGAAAUUCGAACUUUUUAAUUUUUAUUUCUUCUUUUUUUACAUUUCGUUUUGUUUUUCACACUGAAGCUUGUUUUCAGUGCUGUAUAGUGAAUUUGGGUGUAAGUAGGCUUUGUUAAAUACUCUACUGGUGCACGUACUGUGAAAAUGUUCCCUUUUUUAGACCAUGUUUUAUAAAUAAAUGGCAAUUUAGACUGCA